GAGAGAGAGAGAGAGAGAGAGAGAGAGAGAGAGAGAGAGAUGCAGGUAUUAACAGGAGGUAGAGAGGGAAGCGCAGAAACUGCUGUCCACUGGGACACCGAGAGGACUGGGGGGGAUGCGUUGCGGUGCCGAUGGCUUUCUCUCAUCCUCUGCCUUUGAGAAGUCACCUCCUAUUUCAGACGCAGGUGUAGUCCCUUCAGCAACGUCCAGCCUACUACUACUACCUAUCCCAGCUGCACGAGCCGCGCCCCCUCUUUAUGUGGCAAGCCGAGGAUAUUUUUACGCGCCGGAGCGGGAAGAAUAACACGUUAAAUGAAUCGAGGUGCGUCUCUUUUGUGCGCUGCGUGCCAACGCUGUUGUGAAUGCGAUGCCGGGUCUGCAGCCAGCACAGAUGACUUAAACCAUACAGCGCCCGUUCCAUAAAGAGAAGACUUAUUGAUAACCAUGGCUGACCAGUACAGUAUGUUUCUGACCACGGCACCACCUCUCCGGCGAGGGAGCACACCCCUUCCUGUCAAACACCAGUUGCGGAGGGAAGAGGCCGUAUCCGAUGACUGCGAUUGGAUCCCUGGAUUGGAGGAUCCUACCACGUUGCCUAUCAGUGACACAUCCGUGCCUCGAGAUGAUUCCUUCAGCCAGUCGGCAGCAGCCCAACCGGCUUACCACAGCCAUGGCGGCGCACUGCGGAUAGUGCUACUGGGACAGAAUGGUGUUGGCAAGUCAUCGCUUGCCUUAUCCUUGGCUGGACAGUCGGACAGAUCCCUCUCUAUAGACUCUGAGACACAAGCUUGUGGUGAGGGCUAUGAGUGCACGGUGACGGUGGAUGACGAGGACAGCAAAGUAAUCAUUUUUGACAACUGGAAACAGGACUUGUCCACUCUGCAGUGUGAUGUGUGUAUCCUGGUCUUCUCAGUGACUGACAGGCGAAGUUUCCACCGCACCGCCCAGCUCCGCCUGCUUCUCAGGGAGUCUCAGCCGCAUACACCAAUCAUCCUGGUUGGCAACAAGAGCGACCUUGUCCGUUCCCGUGAAAUCAGUUCAGAGGAGGCCCAAUCCAGUGCCAUGAUGUUCGACUGCCUCUACCUGGAGCUCUCAGCCUCCUUAGACCAUGGCACGAAUGAGCUUCUGGAGGCGGCAGUGAGGAUGGCGAGGGGAGACUGCGUGGGCCCAGGGUGGACGGACGGCGACCCAGCGGCGGGACGCAGGGAGAGUUUAACAAGCCGCGCCAAGCGCUUCCUGGCUGGUUUGGUACCACGCUCAUAUGGCCGAGACCGUGACCGAGAUCGGGGCCGCUACAGGGAAAUGAGCCGCCACCGGGGCAGCAAGAUUCUCCGGCAGAAAUCCCGCUCCUGCCAUGACCUCAGUGCACUGUGACACACACAGAAAUGUGUUCACACAGGGAAAGAAACACACGCCACAUUAACACAAACACACACUGAUUUGAAAUGAGGGAGUAGAGAGGUGUAAAAGAUGGAGUACAAAUAAAGGAUUAAGAUAAAGAUGAAUCAGUGGAGAAACAAGAUGGUAGAAUAUUAUUAGAGGGUGGAAGGACAGAAAUUUUUCUAUGGCAGAUAAUGGCAGUAAAAGUUAGAGAAAGUCAUAGAGCACACUGCCUGGGUUACACUGAACCUAUUGGUGAAGGCCAUUUUUUUAGACACUGAGAUAAAAACUGAUAAGGAGGUGGGCUGAAUCAGCGAGCACUUGUAACCUGAAGAGAUCAGGAGAUAGAAAAUCAGCAGUCGCUUCAAGCUGAUUUCAAGCUUAAUGAGAGGGAGGAUGGGGUCACAAACAAACACAUAACCGAGUAGCACGCACUAAUAAUGUAGAGACUGAUAGCAAUUUAAUGUAUAUCUGUUAUAGAACCUCUUUUAUAGCAUGCAGAGUAGACGAAAGAAGACAUGACCCUGUAGGUUUUACAGUUACAGUACAUGGUCCUUGAUUUAUAGUACCUCAGUGGCUAAUAGCUAAUGCACAAUCUCCCUUGUGUUUCAAGCAAUGUCAUCUCAUAGGCAAAGCUAUUUAUUUAUCUAAAACAUGUUUGCGCUGCACCUACCUUUUAUGUCCCAUGCUGAUUUUAAGGAUUACUUGGUAAUAUCACCAGUGGCAUACAGUAUGUUUGUCUAUUUUAUACAAGGUUAAAACAUCAGCACUCAAGCCAUAUUCCUGCUGAAUGCACCAUGAGCAAUCAGCACAGUGAACCCUUUACUCCAGGAUGUGAAGCAAAGGAUAAAAAAGACGAUGACAGAGAAGGCAAGACUGAACUCCUCUUCAAACGGAGCUGAGUCACAGACUGCAGGGAUGCUCCUGAAGCGAAGGACAAACAAGAUAAAAAAAAAAAACCUAAUCUACCUGUGGCUGUUUGAUGUUUUCUUUUUUUUCUUGUCACCCACUGGAAUUAUUAUGUGUGUUCAGACUGAAUUCUGUGGGGGCUGGCCACACUGGUGACCCAACCAAAAGAGUACGUUUGGGAAAUGUUUGGAUGCUUGUCAAGCCUGCUGUUGUCACUAACACAUCCUCACUGGUUUGUAAUUGUCCAUCUAACACUGUCAUCUUUACCACUGAGAAUAAAUGCUUUUUUUGUUUGACAUCUU